UAUUGAAAAGGAUCCUUCGGCAGGAUUCAAGUGCGCGCGUCCUGCGUGUGUGUGUGUCGGAAUGCCGCGGUUGGUGGUGCAUUUUCGCUUAAACUUGCUGCUGGCCAGUGAAGCAAUCUCUAGAGGCGAGAUUUGCCUUUUUUCAGUAGCAACCAACUCCGCGCCUGAAGGUGAAAGGUGUAACCCAUAAAUUUGCUCCACUUCCGUCGUCAAUUUGCGGUCAGUUGCGCCAGAAAGGUGAAAAGUACAGUAGUGGGACCCCCGGGAUUAUUACUGCGGCAAGUAACAGCCCACGAGUCUUGGCAAAGUGUUCGCCCCCUUCCCCCUUGCCCUCUCUCCGUUUACUGCUUGCGUCCUUCACGGUGGCAGUUUCGCGGCAGAAACGGUCCAACCUCUCGAAAGACUGGGGAGGCCGUGCUCCAGUGAGCAACAGAGUGCGUUUUUCGACUGAAUGGAUCGUAGUGUGCGUGUAAGUGCGCUCGAGAGGCGGUGGGUGGUACUGCGUUGAUAAGGGUGCGUUUCUGCUGCGUAUCGUCGUGCGCCCCCAUCGGCAGCAGGUGAAAACUCCCGGUGACGACGGUGUGCCAAGUGACAAGCCGUUGGCCGAUGGUUUUCCGUGCUGGAUGGCUGAUGGGCCUUGAGAACCGGGGAGUCGAUUGUGCAACUACCAUUAGUAAAAUCGUUCAUUUCUUGUUUCAUUUCAAGCAGGCCAGUGUUUUUAUGCUAGUGUAGUGUGAAUAUAUCGUGCAGAUUCCGUUCGUGUGUUGUGUGUGUGCUGCUGAGUGGCGGCGGGUUUCCUUCCGUGAAACCUGUGCGCGUCCGCAGAAUCUAAUCUUCGACUCGAUUACGGCCCCGGAAAACAGAAAAACAUCGAAGUAAAAAUGUCGGAUAAAAUCAGAGUAGCCGUGCGGGUUCGCCCGUUCAAUCGACGAGAGCUCGAACUCGCCACCGAAAACGUGAUAGAAAUGACCGGAACACAGACGAUUUUGAAAUAUCCUGCCACACUAGAUAAGAUGGAAAGAAAACCGCCUAAGAACUUUGCAUUCGAUCACUGCUUCUACUCAACCGAUGCCGACGCGAGCCACUUUGCCUCCCAGGAGCUGGUCUUCGAUAAGGUCGGGCGCGACAUCUUGGAGAAUGCGUUCCAAGGUUACAAUGCGUGCAUCUUUGCUUACGGGCAGACCGGCUCGGGCAAAUCGUACACGAUGAUGGGCAACCAGGAGAACAAGGGCAUCAUUCCGCGCCUGUGUGACGAACUGUUUGCCUCGAUCGCGGCCAAACAAACGGACGAGCUGACGUACAAAGUGGAAGUGUCGUACAUGGAGAUCUACAAUGAGAAGGUGCACGAUCUGCUCGAUCCAACGACUAGCAAACAGUCGCUGAAAGUGCGAGAACAUAAUGUGCUCGGACCGUAUGUCGAUGGGCUGUCGCAGCUGGCCGUCACUUCCUUCAUGGAUAUCGACAACCUGAUGGCCGAAGGUAACAAGUCGAGAACGGUGGCUGCCACGAACAUGAACUCGGAGUCCUCCCGGUCGCACGCGGUUUUCACGGUGGUGCUGACACAAACGCUGAUCGAUACGCUGUCGGGUGUGACGGGAGAGAAGGUGUCCCGUGUGUCACUGGUCGAUCUGGCUGGUAGUGAGCGCGCCGUCAAAACGGGUGCCGUUGGUGAUCGGCUAAAGGAGGGUUCGAACAUCAACAAAAGUCUCACGACGCUCGGUCUGGUGAUAUCGAAAUUGGCUGAUCAAACGGGUGGUGGCAAGAACAAGGACAAGUUCGUGCCGUAUCGUGACUCGGUUCUGACGUGGUUGCUGAAGGACAAUCUGGGCGGUAAUUCGCGCACGGUCAUGCUGGCGACACUAUCACCGGCGGCUGAUAACUACGAGGAAACACUGUCGACGUUACGAUAUGCGGAUAGAGCGAAGCGUAUCGUGAACCAUGCCGUCGUCAACGAGGAUCCGAAUGCGCGCAUUAUUCGCGAGCUCCGCAAGGAGGUUGAAACGUUGCGUGAGAUGCUGAAGCACGCGACGGGCGGGGAGAUGAAGCGGGUCGACAUCCACGACAAGAUUGCCGAGAGUGAGAACCUCAUGAAGCAAAUUUCGCAAACCUGGGAGGAGAAGCUGGAAAAGACGGAACAGAUCCAGAGCGAGCGACAGCAGGCACUGGAAAAGAUGGGCAUUAGUGUGCAGGACAGUGGCAUCAAGGUGGAGAAGAACAAGUACUAUCUGGUCAAUCUGAAUGCCGAUCCAUCGCUGAACGAGCUGCUGGUUUACUAUUUGAAGGAGGAAACGCUUAUCGGCGGGCGGAGCAAUAGCAGCAACGGAGUGAUCAGUAGCAAGCAGCCGGACAUACAAUUGCUGGGUCUCGGCAUCCAGCCAGAGCACUGCCUGAUAACGAUCGAGGAGGGCGAGCUGUAUAUGGAGCCGAUCGAGAAUGCUCGUUGCUGCGUGAAUGGAUCGGUUGUUUCGGACAAAACGGCCCUUCAUCAUGGCGAUCGCAU